GAGAGAACGUGGAGUGCUGGGUGAAACAUAGGGGGAAGGGAGAGAUCAAAGAGAGAUGUGGGGACCCAUCCACCGCCCCUAAGCACGCAGUCUUACCGAAACCAAACCCAUCUCUGAUCUAUUUUGUCAAUCUAACCCUAACCCAACACCAUCCCCUAGAUCAAGAAGAGAACCCCAAACCUAUCCUAAUUCCCUUCCCUCUUCAUCUCUCCCAAACUCUCAACAACACCACCAGGGAAAGCUAGCUCCCCUAAAAGAUGGCAGGUUCAGCUAUGAAUUUGGUGGAUGACAUCAAAGGUCCACUCAUUCUCUCCUUUAUGUUGAAGGCUCGUACUACUUAGUUCAUUAAACUAGAUAAAGGAAGAAGAAAGAAAGCAACAACGCUAGAAAAGGGAAACAUCUGAACGUUGUCUUAUUAUUUAUUCCCUCUUCUGCUCCCACUUUCUUUCCUUUGCUUUUGAAUUGUAGAACCAAUAUUACUCCUUUGUCUUUCCAUUUUUGUGCUUAGCGUCUGUCUAAGGAAGCUAGUGAGGAUCUUGAGAUAAGAAUUGAAGCUACAAAGUCAAAUAUCGAAUGGAUCCAGUUACAGCGCAUGGCCAUUCUCUUCCCCCUCCUUUCCACACGAGAGAUCUUCAUCUACAUCACCAUCAACAGCAGCAAUUUCACCACCAACUGCAAAAUUCAGAAGAUGAGCAAACCGGCAGCAGCGGCCUAAACCGGCCCACAAAACGAGAGCGUGAUGAAAACAACAACAUCAAUACCUGUGAAGGCAACGAACUCGUUGUGGGUCCCGGAGAUGGAGAGAUCACAAGGAGAGCCCGUGGAAGACCGGCCGGAUCUAAGAACAAGCCAAAGCCACCGAUCAUCAUCACCCGCGACAGCGCCAAUGCUCUACGCACCCAUGUAAUGGAAAUAGGUGAUGGGUGUGAUAUUGUUGAGAGUGUUGCUACCUUUGCCAGGAGACGUCAGAGAGGUGUCUGCAUAAUGAGCGGGACUGGCACGGUCACUAAUGUGACUCUCAGGCAGCCGGCCUCCCCAGGUGCAAUCGUGACUUUACACGGUCGGUUCGAGAUCUUAUCUCUAGCCGGCUCAUUCUUACCACCACCAGCACCACCUGCGGCGACAGGCUUGACUAUAUAUUUAGCAGGAGGACAAGGACAGGUGGUAGGAGGUAGUGUUGUCGGGACGCUAAUUGCAUCCGGACCGGUUGUGAUCAUGGCAGCCUCGUUUAGCAACGCUGCAUAUGAAAGGCUUCCUCUAGAAGAGGAGGAGACUCCGCUGCCAAUGCAAGGGAAUAAUAUUGGGUCUCCAGAUGCCGUUUCUCAGCAGCAGCAGCAGCAACAGCUUUUGGGAGACGCAAAUACGCCUCUUUUUCAUGGCUUACCGCCUAAUCUUCUCAACUCCAUUCAAUUGCCAAACGAGGCAUAUUGGGCUACCGGCCGCCCUCCAUACUGAUCACAACAUUAUCAUUGAAGGGCAUACCAGGUUUUUCACUUUCACAUUCAUCAGCUCUUCACCUUUCCCAAGACAUGAUCACCAACAUUGUAGCUACAAAGUUUGUUUGUUGAGCAUUGCAGGCUUUUACUACUGUUUCUUUUCUUAAUUAGCUUUCUUUUUCUUUUUCUGUCUCGCAUUUGAUGAUCAUUAGAUUAUGUGUUUACAUGUUGACAUGAAGGACUGUAAAUUCAUGGAUUCUUAGAGUGAUUUUGAUGUUA